AUGAUUGUUUUACAUAUUGCAAGUGAAAAAAAAGUUUGAUGUUUUUAUCUAUUUUCACCAAAAUAAGUAAAGUUGAUGUUGAUUGAUUCGCUUUACCGGAUAUCUUGAAACUAUUCGGUAAUUGUGUUUCAUUUGAAUGAAAAAUUGAAUCGAAUAGUUUUACAAACAGAAAACUCUAAUUGUAGUGGAAUAAAUGAGGAAGAAAAAGUCUCAAAAGAAGAAAGUUCUUGAAGAUUUUCCAGUUAAUGUCAAGCCAAAAGAUGCCAAGCCCACCGACCCGUUAAAGUUAACGAAAGCGGAGAAAGUGACCGCUGAUUUAACUUGGGACGAAUUAGACGCUGUUGAUGACAUCAUAGAGGAACUAGGCGAAGAUGGCUCAAAGAACUUAGUGAGCAGGAAGAAACGGAACCAUUCACAAUGUGAAGAUAAAUUUAACGAAAGACCGGGAAAUGUUUAUCCCGAAAUCGUCUGGUACUGGUUAUCCCAGUACAUCAAGCCGGAAGAUAUUGGCAACUUUGCCGGUAUUAACAAAACGACCUACGCUCUGACGAAGCGUGAGUCGUUUUGGAGAUCCAUAUACAACAGGUACUGUAAAAAUCACCCAAAUUUACCAGAUAGAUUGCGCAUAGAGAACAGUUACCAAACGUACGGACUGCGCCAGAGGGUGAUACGGGCUUUGUAUCACACAUAUGACGUGUUCGUGAAGAAAGUUCAAACGAUGACAGCAGAAGGUCGGGCGUAUCAACUGGCCCGCAGGAGGUGCGUCAGCGUAUGGUUUUAUAAGGGAUCUUCAGUGUCUUGGGCAGUUUAUUUCAAAUUUAAGAAGCUCCAAAUAAAAGAGCGUACUAAAACACAGGAUUUUAUCACGGAGCUGGGCAGGAUCGACGCUAAUCCUGACCAAGACACCCAAGUUCUGCAGGUAACCUGCCGAAACUUCCACGAAGUCCCACCACUGAUGGGCAUGAUUCUGUCCUCGGUGACCAUGGUCCACUCGCACAAGGCCAUCCACCAGCGCCUGUACCUCGACUUCAACACCGGCAGCUACAACGUCGGCAAGGACAUCCUGCCGGAGUGCACGGUGGUUUUGGACACAGUUCUGAACAUGCACGUUUACGACUGGUGGCACCCCAAAUACCCACAUUUUGAUAACAAGACGCCAACGUGCACGGAGGACGAUGAGGUCGUGCCGAUGCUCAAGAAGGAUUUCUUCGCGAUCAAAGAAGGAGAUUUCUUUUAGUUUUGUGAUAAAUAAAACAUUUAUUUUUGUUAUUUUUAUAAAUAUGAACCCUGAAGAUAAGUCGUCGUUAGUUCUGUAAGGUUAUGGUGUCUGUGUGUGUGUGAACUGAGCGUAUUCGAGCUGUAGCGAUUACACUAGUCACUAGUGACUAGUGCAUAGAUUGAUACAUUAAUGUAAUGUGUGUUUGUUUUGCUUCUUGUGUCACUCAGCGUCCAUUGUCUAUAAGACGUCCAGUGUGCUCGUAUCGUGGAUAUGCAGAGCUCAA